GAGAGGCAUGCAAAGGACAUUCGAUGUAGUAAAUUAACAACAAACUGGCCCAGUGUGUCCUUGGGGAUGCUCUGCGAAAUGUGUCAAUCACAGCAGAUGGCUUUAUGUAAAUGUUACCAAAACGCAAUGUGAUGAUAAGCAAUCCUGAUUGACAUAUUCAGUUUCAAUAAACCCGAGUUUUGCGUAAAUUGAAAUGAGCAGUGCCUGCGCAAAUCAAAUUAUCCCUCCAUUAGUUUGGUAAACACUGUCAUCAGAAAAGUAAUUACGCUUUCAAAAAAAAAAAAAAAACAGGAAGCCCCAUAAAUGGAUUAUGAAACUUGAUUGACUGCCACGAGCUGAGCAAAUUGGAGCCUUGAUUGUAUUUGGCAGAUAGUCUCAGUGGUAGCCUGCUGUGAUUAAACCACUAAUGUCUAGAGAGAGAAAUUUAAAGAAUGUUUGAAAAAUUCCAGAUACCGUAUGUGCCUUGUUUUGCGUGUACCAUUCAAAGAUGAACAUCGAUUGCUGAUAGCACCUCUCACCCCACUACCAAAAAAAAAGAAAGUCAAAAUCAAAGCCGUCGCUAUGGCAACGCCCCUGCCAGAUUCCACCAAUCAAUGGAGUCGGUCGAGGUUUGCGAGAUGCGCCAGCGAAAGGCAGGCGUCCUACAUAAAGCGUGCGGGACGGGGAGCUAGGCGGCUCACGCACACAUACACACACACACACAGGGGGCAUCACACCUCUGUGCAAACAACACCGCAGUGAGAAGAUAAUUGAGGAAGCGAGAUGAUGCCCUCCCGUGAUCUAGGCUUGUUUCUUGGUGUCUCUUGGACCAGUCUGCUCCUCUUUAGCCACUUUAUAGCAGUUAGAGGAGCUCCAAUGAAGCUGGACGUGCCCCCGGACACGGGCGCCACCAUCCUGAAUCACUCCAUGAGCCUGGUGCAGCGUAUGGAGGGCUUGCUGGCGGCGGGCAACGGCAGCGAUGUCACACUCCGCGUGCACACUGUCGGCACGGAUGAGGUGAAGGUGAUCCAGGCCCACAGCCUGUUGCUCUCCAUGCAGAGUGACGUGUUCGAGGAGCUGCUGCUCAGCCGCAACAGCAGCACCCUGAUGCUGCGGGAGCCGUCCGACUGCGCCGCCGUCUUUGACAAGUUCAUCAGGUACUUGUACUGUGGAGACGUGUCUGUGCGUCUUGAUCAGGCUAUUUCUCUGCACAAGCUGGCCAGCAAGUACCACGUGUGGAGCUUGCAGCAGGGCCUGACCCAAUACAUGACCCAGCACUUGUCGAGCGAGUCCCCCACGGGCCAUGUAGUCGGUUGGUACAACUAUGCGCUGCAAACGGGGGACCUGGCCCUGCGGGACAGCUGCCUGCAGUACCUCUCGUGGAAUUUGUCCUCGGUGCUGCAGAGUCAGGAAUGGGGCUCCAUCAGUGAGGAGCUGCUCCUCUCCUUGCUCCAGCGCUCGGAUCUCAUCCUGCAGACUGAGCUGGAGCUCUACGAAGCCCUGGAGGCAUGGAUCGACCGGAACCAGCCUGUUGGCAAGACAACGGAGUCGGCUCUGAGGUUGGUUCGCUACGGCAUGAUCCCCCCUCAGUAUCUCUUCCGUCUGCAGAAGCAGUCACCCCUCAUGCAGAGGUACUAUGAGUCCGUCCGGGAUCUUCUCUACCUGGCCUUCCAGUUCCACUCUGCGUCUCCCAUCACUUUGGCCAAGUACUUUGACGUCAACUGCAGUAUCUUCACACCCCGAAACUACCUGUCCUCCUCCUGGGGCUCCCCUUGGAUCAUCAACAGCCCGACGCGUGACGACCGCAGUUUCACCUUCCAGACGCAGCUGGGCCCUAGCGGUCACGACGCUGGCAAACGGGUGACAUGGAACUUGCUCUUCUCCCCUCGCUGGCUGCCCCUGAGCGCCAGGUCCACCUACAGCGAGAUGGGCGCCAUGCAGCCAACCCGCACCGAUGGGGGGCGGCCAAGGAUCAUCGUGACGCCGGCCACCUCCAGCUCGGACUUUGCCGGGGUGAGCUUUCAGAAGACGGUGAUUGUGAUGGCCAGACAGCAAGGCAAAGUAGUUGUCCGCCACGUCUACAACUUCCACCAAAGCACGGAGGAGGUUGGAGACUUCCUGGCGGGCGCCGACCUGCAGCGUCGCGUGUCCGAGUACCUGAUCGACAGCUCCCUCUAUCUGCACGUUGUGAUAAAACCGCUCUACCAUACCCUGCUGGUCGCGAAGAAAUAAAUCGUAAACGCGCAUGCAGUUGUACUUGUGUCGCAGCAUACACACAUUUUUCAUUACUGUGUGCGUUAAUAGUCUUCCAAUUAUUUACCGAAAGAACAAAAAAGACACACGUUUUAUAGUAUUUCAUACACAAAACAAUUCAAAUAUUCAUUGUACUGUAUUUUUUCAGGCAAUGCGUAGUCUGGUAGGUUUUUCUUUUUCCUUCAAUGUAUUCUUUGUAUUGCUUAGUAUUUCAAUAUGAUGUCAUACCUCUGUAUUUUUUAAAUAUUUAUUUUAUUGCUAGUCAGGUUUAUACGGAGCCCUUAAGGUAACAUGGAAGAAAAAAAAACAACUUCCGGAACGCAAAUAGUUGUUUUAUUUUCUUCCUUUAAAAAUAGGGUUCCCUCUGGGGAAAAAGAAUAUAUAUAUAUAUAUAUAUAUAUAUAUAUUCAUUUACAUGUUUUUUUUCUUUGCAAGGGAAAACUUUUUUUUGUUUUUCUUCCACGUCACCUUAGGGGCGCUCCGUAGGUUUAGAUGUUUAGUUUAUAGAAUUAAUACAAAGUAUUAAGUUACAUCUACAUAGAUACGCAAUCGAAUUACAAUGCGUUUUUACCUCAGUUUUUUGGUUCAGUAGUUUCCAUUAAUAAUAAUUGAGAAUUAGAUUGUUUAGUUUUGCCUCCCCAUUUCUUAUUGACAUGUACAUGUACAAGUCAGCACGUUGCAAUAUUCUUCUUAUUGUAUGGUGCGGAAAAACUCAUAGUUCUAAGACUUGAGUCCAGUUUAUGACAGUCCAAACAUUCAAACUUAUUUUUUGUUAUGAUUUGGUGGGGCUUGACAAUUAAAACACAUAUUCACAAUAGUCAAAAUAUGAACAACUUUAUUCUGGUUAUUAUGGGUGAAACUGUGUUUUAAGCACAAAAAAAAUGUAUUCCUAUCAUGGGGAAAAAAAUUCCCAAAGAGAAUACCAGUUAUAAUAUUACAACUUUAUUUUCAUUAUACCAUAAAAAAAUAUGUAAUUAUAUGACAAUUAAGUCGUCAAAAUAGAGUAGUUGCAUGAUACAUUAAAUUUGAUUAGCAGUAUAGGUAAUGGAUGGCUUGAUAGUAGGAUGUUUUUUUGGUGAGCCAAAGAACAUUUUAGGAAUAAAAUCAUUUAAACAAGAUGCAUGAGUCUCAAAAUUACC